GGAAGUGAUGAGUGUUGAACACAGAACAUUGUUCAGUCAGUCAGUCAUUACGAGGACAGUAUGGAGUUCAGGUCACUCUCUGUAAUACUCUUGUUGAUCUCACUUGUUCGAGUUGAGCAUUCUCAAGCUCAGUAUAAGACAGUUCUGACUGUGAAGCCUAAAGGACCACAAAUAUUCAGUGGAGAGACCGUCACACUCACAUGUUCCAUUUCAGGACAGACAGUAACAGGCUGGAAGUACUACUGGUUCAGCGGUGACAAAAAACUUCACUCCUCUGAUGAAAACUACUAUGUCAUAAAAGACAUAAACAGGCAUCACAGUCUGAAAUACAGAUGUUUUGGUUCUUUGAAAUGGAUCAGAGGAAGCUCUCAAUUCAGUAAUGAAGUGACUCUCAGAGUGACAGCAGAAAAACCUAAACCUGAACUCACAUCAAACCAUAAAGUAGCUGCACUGAUAGGAAAUCCAGUGGUUCUGUACUGUGAGCUGGAUCAGUCUGCUGGAUGGAGGUUUUACUCGUCCAAACACACACAGAACCCUGAGAAUGAGAUCAAGACUGAAACACACUCCUACACCAUCUGCUCAGUCAGUGUCUCUGAUGGAGGACAGUACUGGUGCAGAGCUGGGAGAGGAAACCCAGUCUACUACACUCACUACAGUGAUGGGCUCUGGAUAAAGGUUACUGGUGAGUGA